AGUAGAGCACAUCUUCAGUCAGAGCUCACACAGGUAAAACCUGAGUCACGUCUACCUGACAGCUCUGGAGACAGCAAUCACAGGCACGCCCGGACAGGGAUUGUUUAAGAAGACCACGGUCAGAAUCUUACAAGGCUUGUAAACCUUCACAGCACAGGAAAGAUGAGUACUGCAGAUUCCAACAGACAGAACCUUCUAAAACAGAUGAAAGUGCGGACAAAGUUUAAGAAGGACAAGAGCUGGAUACAUCAACAAAGCUCAGAAGAUGAGAGAGAUGAAAUCCCCAGCCCAAUGUCCCCACAACUGAAGUCACUCGAAGGCAGGAAAUUUGUUUGGUCUCCAACUCCAGAUUCAAAGCCUGAGAGGAAUUCAGGAACAUUUACAGCUAAAGAGGUUGUUAUAUCUUCUUCAUCACCCACUGUUCAAACAAGCAAGCAGUUCUCUUAUAGUUCAACUGAGACUACAAAAUCACCAUCUACGACAUCUCAGCCGUCACCACCACCAUCGACCACUGGUGGCAGGACAAAUACUUCAUACAUCAUAAGGGGUCAGCCAUUCAAUGCUGUCUCACAAGUCAAGAGCCCACCUAACUUCAAUGGAUACCAGCAGAGCGCAGUCCAGCCUCGAACAUCAAACAGCCUCCCGAGAGUCCCCUCCGCUACAGGCCACAAGAUGUCCACAGAGGAAUACAAGAAACUGGCACCGUAUAAUGUAAGGAACAGAUCUACAGAUCAGUCAGACGAUGAGGCACCUACUACUCAACAGGAACAAGUCACGAGGACCGAACAAGCCAGCAGUGUAUUAAGAAACACAUCACCCAGAGAUCGCUCCUAUGUCAUAUCUGCAGCUAAAAGAAACAGCGGAAUUGGGACACAUGAUACACCAUCUCCUUUUGUAGGACAAAGGGUGCAAAUACAAGACGAAGAAACCAGUCCAAACAAGAAGAGCCAAACACUCCCUAAAACUCUGUCUUCAUAUCUUUAUGAUGAUCACAAGAGGGCUGAAAACCACUGGACAGAAACACAACCCAGACCACCAACAUCACAGGCAACUCCCUCCAGAGUAAGCGACAGAAGCAGCAGCCCGAUAUUAACCUCUUACUCUACAAGCAACAUUGUGGAGACCAAAAAGUCAGCAAUGAAACCUGAACCUGCGAAGGUCACAAUCGUCAGACAAGAAAGCAAUGACACUAAAGACAUAACCAAACCUGGAAUUACUACUACAAGAAAGGAAAGGGUGGAGACCACCAAGAAGAGCGACGCUCACCCAGAAAACUUGGCUUCCUAUCUAUAUAAUGAUGUUAACAGGUUUGAGAAAAACUGGACGUCAAAUCCACCUACACAGGCAACAUCUCAGACUACCAGGACGGGGACCACCAAGAAGAGCGAAGCUCUCCCAGACAACCUGGCUUCUUAUCUGUAUGAUGACGUUAACAGGUUUGAGAAAAGCCAGAAAUUAAAUGCAUCUACACAGUCAACAUCUCAGACAGUAACUACCAGGGCAACAGACCGUCCAGAGAGCCCUAAACUGGUCUCAUGGAGCAAUAACAGUGAGAGCAGAACUUCAGCAGUCAAGCCUGGGCCAGGGAAAAUCACAGUCCUGCAUGGUGAAAGUGAAACCAGAGAUCCGAGCAUCCCAAGACUAACCUCCAGUACUACAGAAAGAAGUAGCUCAAACAUCCAGCCAGGACCUGGGAAGAUCAGAGUCCUUAUUGAAGACUGUGAUGACAAUAACAAAGAGUCCCCAAGGCCUUCAGUGGAAAGCCGCUCUACAACCAGAAGAACGGAAAGCAAAGAUGUGCCGGAUUCCUUAAAAUUAACAUCUUCAUCACUGUCCACAAGAGCCACGGAGAAUACACGGCCAAAUAUACAGGCUGGACCUGGGAAGAUCUCUCUUAUCAGAGACGAAAGUGAUAUAGAUAACAAUGGAGUAACAAACAGAACAACUGAGACAACAUAUUCAACAACACGCGCUAAAGUCACUAUAGAGACAAUAAAUGAGAGCCCAUCCUCUAAACCUGCGCCCAGAAUGGAGGCGAAGCCAAAAGAAGCCGGAGCAGCUACCACCAGCAAAGAUGGGCCGGAUUCCUUAAAAUUAACAUCUUCAUCACUGUCCACAAGAGCCACGGAGAAUACACGGCCAAAUAUACAGGCUGGACCUGGGAAGAUCUCUCUCAUCAGAGACGAAAGUGAUAUAGAUAACAAUGGAGUAACAAACAGAACAACUGAGACAACAUAUUCAACAACACGCGCUAAAGUCACUAUAGAGACAAUAAAUGAGAGCCCAUCCUCUAAACCUGCGCCCAGAAUGGAGGCGAAGCCAAAAGAAGUCGGAGCAGCUACCACCAGUGAUACCCAGCAGGAUCUGAUCAGUUGGUCUGAUUUGAAUACCAGGGUAGCAAAGGAAAGGUCCGUCACCCCAACACCGGUGCCACGUCAAACCAACAAAGACAGUGAGAAAUCUGCAGGGGAACCUCCGCUCCUUAUUAUCUCCCCAGAGCUGAACAGUACCAGGACCAAUCAGCCACCGAAGCCUGCUGUUAUCACCUGUGUGGAUGAGACAGAAGUCAAUGACACCAGAUACCGAGAUUCUGAGAGCCUUAAUGAAAGCAAUAAUCGAUCACCUUCCGGAGACAGGCGAGUAACUGUAAUUACCUCAAAAACGGAAACCGAGCGCCCUAGAACCCCGGAGCAGAGAAGUAGCUCCCCAAGACCCACCCCACGUCCACGGGAAUCCCUUAACACUACGGUUACAGAGUCCAUACACAGAGUUCCGGACACUAUUGAAACCACAAUGCUAGAAGCAAGUCCAUCCAGAUCCAGCUCACGUACAACAGUUACCACCACUCGCUCUACGAACCCUGUAUACACAGACUACAUGGAGGACUCUGACAAAAGAUCGACUCGAACUGUGUCCAGCUCCAGAGAAAAGAUCACCACAAUGACCUCCUCGGAGACGAGAUAUGAGAAGUCUUCUGAAGCCAGCCAGAAUGAACCUCAGUCACCCAGCAAUAAAGGAGUACUAUUUGUAAAGGAGUAUGUGAACUCAAGAGAGAGUCUGAAGUCUCCAACUGCCUCCGGAAACUUUCCAGAUUUCUCCAAUGAUUUUGACAGGGUAUCCUACAGCAGUAGCUCCAGUUAUCUGUAUAGCAGUGCACCACAAAGAUCUGAUGAAAGCCCCUGCACUUACUGUGGUCGGGAAAUCAAAGACGGUCCAAAGAUCAUUCUAGAGCACCUUAAUAUCUACUGCCAUGAACUUUGCUUCAAGUGUGGGAUUUGCCACAAGCCUAUGGGAGAUUUGGUGGACAGCCUGUUCAUUCACCGUGAUGUGGUCCACUGCGAGAGUUGCUACGAGAAGCUCUUCUAAUCAAGAUAAAGAAGAAGAUGAAGUCACGUCAACAGUUUAUUAAAGUUACAGAUCUUUUCAUAGCUUAGCAAUGACCUGAUCACUACAUAUAAAGUAUUUUACUACUUCUAUUCCACAUUUUCAGGAUAUAAAUUAGACCCUCGGAGUAACUGCAUCCUUAUCUGCAUCCUGUGAGGUCUUUAUAACUCUGUGUAUUGGUGUAUUGUGGUAUUUUUUUUGUCUUUUUUUUUGUAAAUCAUCCAUUCAUGUUUAAAGGACCAAUCUAUGACUAUGAUCUUCUGAUAAAGCCUAAAUACAUGUGAGAAGAUCACAUUGGUCAGGUCUGGGCCACCACUGAUUUCCAGAUGUAAAGGGAUCCAUAGAUUCCUCAAACCCUUUGACACUGCUUAGAGUUUUCUGCUGCAGAAAAUACAGCCUAACACUCUAAUCAAUGGCGGGCGUCCUUCCAAAUCUGUGCCACGUUAUUCGUAGCGGAAAUCUCUGAGCAACACCAAAGGGGGCUGAGUGGUCUUUAGACAUGUCUCUAUGACGUAUCAAAAGAUCAGUAUGACUGGAUCUCCUCUUUUGAUGGCAAUUUACAUGUACAAUUUCUGAUUUUCUUGUAGUAUAUCUGUUCCAUAGCUGCACUGCCUACAGAUAACAUGAAGAAUUCCAUAACCGCACACAUCAUAAUUAUUAUUAUAACUAAAGCUUCCUAAUAUAAUCUUUCCACAUUACAGCAUAACUUUCAGAGUUUAUGUUACCAAGGGUUAUAUUCAAUAUAAACUAAUGGAAACAACUGACUAAUGAGCCGGUGGAAUAUCAGACAUAUGUAGUGCCCUGGCUGCAGGGGUGCACCUAGCCUUUCAACUGCCUGAGGCAAAAACUGAAACGGUGCCACCUCCCCCCCCCCCUUAAUUUCUUAACCUAAUCCCUUUGCCACAAUGAAAGCACUCAUUGCCCAUGGCCCUUCUGCUGCCCCCCUCUUGCCCCUACCAGGUGCUGCCUGAGGCGAUCGCCUCACCUGGCCUCAUUGGUGGCGCACACCUGUCUGGCUGACUGUACGGCUCUAGUACAUACAUAUACUCACUGAAUGUAUGAAGGAACUGCAAUGGCUGCUAUUAGCGGUUGUCACCCAGGAUCUGACAGAUUAGAAAAACGUAGGGGGUCAUUUACUAAUCUGAAAUACGCCUAAAUUAGUUGCGCUGCUAUCUGCGACUUCGCUCCACUCUUUACCGGUCUAAAGUUGUGGGCAUAGCGUGGGUGGGGAAGGGGAUGGGCCGGUAGUCCCGUCUCAUUCAUCAUUUUCUAUGACUGUAUUAGGCGUAGAAAA